AUGACAUGGGCACGCGCAGAUCAACCAGUGAAGCUAUUCACCGUUGUCGGCCAAUACAGAUGCCAGAAAGAUCUGCCGACUGAAGGCGAAGAGUACCUUUACUUGCACUGUACUGCACCUGUCAACAUAUACGGUAUUGACCUCGGUCAUUGGAAUUGUGUCUCUGAUCAAUUGGCCGAAGAUCUGCCGCCACUACGGAGUAAUCUAACCGAGCGUUCCAAACUUCGACCUUCAAGGUGCCAACGGGCCUGGUGGAUCGACGGGCCGAACUGGCCCACAAAGGCUGAGGGACUCGUGUACCGAAUAUUGGGGCGUGCAAACGGACUAAAGGACUCGGGCUUUAAACUAUUACGACUCUACAAGAAGCCGGUUGCUGAAGAGCUCGCCACUCUCGGAUUCGGCAUGCAGCGCAGCUGGAAGUUUUCACUUAUUUCGAGGAAUAAAGACAUGUGGCUGUGGAUGGUCGGCAUUCCCGAUGUCAGCUUUAGGCCGGCGGCAAAAGUCGAUGCCGUGACAGCCGGCACACCGAAGAAGAGCCCGAUCCCGACCGCGUAUUCAAUCUUUGUGAGCCGAAAACCCGGCCCGAGUUUCCACUUUGCCCGACUUGUGCACGCCCUAACGCCUCACCUGCUGCUCUUUCGCGACGUCUCCAAUUUGAUUCGUCCAUCCUGCUCGGAAGUUGAGCGAGUCUUAACUGUUUUCAUGCCCUCGAAUCCAGUGCCCCUGCAAAAUAAUGCAACUAUUUGUGUUAGAUGA